CAUCUUGAACAGAGAUCUACAGACUUUGAGUAAAAUAGAAAAGCAAGAUCUUAUUAUACCGGAAGUCAACGGAAAAAGGCCGAAGAGGAAGUGCGUCACGCACAAGUUCAAUAUGACUGGUGAAUCCUCAUCAACUAGCAUCUCAGAAUAUAGCGAGGACAAUAGUAGUAUGAAUGAUGUGGACCAGCUUGGCUGGAAGUCAUGUAAUAAUGUUCAGAAAAGUAAUUUGUCUAUGUGGAAGAAAUACACGGACGUUACAAAUCGCAACUCUGAAUUUUUAAUUAACAUUAAUUUUGGAAACAGAAUGGUAAUGUACAAAAAGGUUGUUAAUCACCCGUACUUAAUUCAUUGUCCUUUGGACGACGCUGGUUUACCAAAGAUUGACGACAAUCUGAUAAAAUGUUCAGGCAAGCUUUUAGUGCUGGAUGCUAUGGUUGCUAAGCUCAAAGUACAAGGUCACAAAAUACUUAUAUUCUCCACCUGGACUAUGAUAUUGGAUAUGCUAGAAGAUUAUAUGGACUUAAGGCAAUAUAGUUAUGUGAGAUUAGAUGGGUCUCAGGCAAUUACCAAAAGAGCAGAAAAUAUUAAAAAGUUUAAUACCGAUCCAAAUGUCUUUAUAUUUCUCAUAUCCACGCGAGCUGGUGGCGUCGGAUUAAAUCUGGCCGCUGCUGAUACUGUUAUCAUGUACGACAGCGAUUGGAACCCACAAGUCGACAUACAAGCAAUGGCACGUUGUCACCGCAUUGGUCAAACUCGACCUGUAGUGGUUUACAAGCUGUGCACUAAAGGAACAAUAGAUGAAAGGAUCCUUAAACGCGGUGAAGCCAAACGCAAACUCGAAAAGAUUGUCAUCUCGAAAGAAGCAUCAAAAUUCAAUUUAAACGACUAUAACUCCGUUUUGGAAUUGAAGCGGCUACUCGAGUCCAGCGAACAUGAAGUUGUCACUUCAGAGAAAGACGUAUUUACACCAGAGGAGUUGGAUAAGCUCUUAGAUAGAAGUGAUCUAGAAGUCCAAGAUAAACACCUUCAGGAGAGUGUAAGUUCUUUAGACAGUACGGAUGAACAGUCACAGGAGGAAUAGAUCAUCAUCAGCAACCCAUCUCAUCAUUCCAGAUAAUUAAUAGAAUUAAAUAUGACUAUUUUAAUUUUUAUAAGUGCCAUGACCAAGUGUUCCAUUGUUUAUGUUAUUUAUGUUAUUUAUUGACAGAUACCAUUCUCAUUGUUAGUAUUUCUACAGUUCCUGUUUUUAUAACUGCCUUUUUUAAAAAAUGAUUCCCAAAUCUAUUCCGUAACUAAAACCCCGAUACAGAUAAAUAGAUCAUUGUGAUUCAAAAAUGAACUUCCCAAAAUUUUUAAAAAAAGUAGCUGCGUCCAAAAUUCAAGUAUUAACUAGUUAUGCAACGUAAAAGAAUGUACAUAUUUUUUAAUGUAGGAAAUGUGUAAUAUCACAGUUAAAAGACAUUUUUCGUUUUAGUGAAAUAACGCUUAAUAACUAAUAAGUUGCUCAUUACUUUCAAUUUACGGUACGAAAAUUGUAUUAAGAUUCCUUAAUGUAUUUUUCUUAACUGUUAUUUAUUGAUUUUCUAUCUAAAAAUGUAUUAAAAUAUUCUUUCAAUGAAAA